AAAUCCAAGUUCGCAACCGUAAAUAACCGAAAAUACAUCUACGCAAAUCUACAUGUUUCAAAUCCCAGCAGUUUUCGCCGCAACGCAACCCGGAUGAUAGUGUUGUUGUCCAUCCUAAGGUACUUGUAAUGGAUCACUUCCUAAGCGGCCUAGACGCUGGACCGAGCCCAUGGUAUGCAUCCCGUCCCCCAGUGUCUAGCCAUGCCCAUGAGUUUGCGAUUGGCACGAGUUCUUUCCAGUUGAUACCGAUCACUGGCAGUAACAGCCACACUCCGAGUAGCCAUACUUCAUAUAGUACAAGCAACACACUGAAUUCUCACUCAGCCUUCAGAUCUCCUGCAGACCCCAAGGUUAAGUCUGAGGUCAAAGAUGAUGAUGACAGUCGGGAAAGUAAAUCGCCAACACCUUCUGUAGCCCUCACCCCUUUAUCAACCAACAUGGCUCACCAUAGCCACAAGGCAAAAAACAGUGAGCGUUGGGACACUAAAAAGGUCUGUAAUAUCUGUGGGAAAGUUCUCUCACGUGGUGAUAAACUGAAGAAUCACAUUCGGACACAUACAAAUAAUUUUCCAUUCCAUUGUGAUACGUGUGGCCAAGGAUUUCUCCGUUCAGAAGGACUUAGGGUACACACGAGAAUUCACACUGGAGAACGUCCAUAUAUAUGCAUUGUUUGUGGUAAGGCCUACACAAGGAAAGAUAAGUUGACAAGACAUGCUAUAGUGCACACAGGAGAAAGGCCUUUUGUCUGUCAACACUGUGGGAAGUCUUUUACUCGCAAGGAUAAAAUGCAGCGACAUGAAAUGAUUCAUAAAGUAGAUAAGCCUUUCACAUGUGUCCCUUGUAAUGUAGAGUUUGUGAGACAAGAAACUUACAAUGCCCAUAUGGAGAGGAAGCAUCCCGAACGCCUCCCCUACACUGUAGUGCAACAGCCACGUGAAGGCAGCCCAUCAUAUCAUCCUCAAGGACUAAAUCUUUCAAGCAAUGCAGACAGUAAGAGCAACAGUACAAACAGAUCACAUAGCAGCAGCAAACACUCUACUACUAGCAGCAGCAACUCUGCCGGUGUUUCAAACCAUACUAGCUCUAACAUUGGACAUCACAGCACUGUCACUAAUCUUCCAGGUGGUAUUACACUCCCAGGGGGCUUAACCCUCCCAUCCGGCAUUACUCUCCCUGGAGGGCCCUCUAUCCCUGGGAACCACGGCAUCCCAGGGGGCCUCACUAUCCCUAGUAGUUCCUCAAUCCCAGGUCUCGCAUCGCACCCAAGUAGCCUUCUAAGUGGAAGUUCCCUGUUAGGUGGUCUGCAUGGUAUUAGUGGAUCCAAUGCUUCCUAAAGAUGCCAGAAUGCAGAUAUGUUAAUUUGAGAAAUGUUUGUAUCAGUGUAUAUAACUUGAGUGUGCGUGGUUGUAUGUUCACACUUUUGCACAUGCAGAUGCAUGCCCGCAUGUGCAAACACACACAAACAUGUGCACAUGUAUACCCACAAAAACCCAAAUCCACUUAAACAGGUACAUAUACACAAAAACACACAUUUAUACAAACAUGCAAAACAUGUAUAUGAACAUAGACAGACAGACAUACACUUAUGAGUAGCAACCAUAUAUGUACAACUCUUACUCACAUUCAUAAAUGGAUAUGUGUGUAUUUGUAUGUACAUGCAUAUGUAUUUAUAAAGGAUUGAAUUUUUUAAUAUAAGGCCAUAUU